GUACUCUCCGGCUUCGUCUCGGCGUGUUCCACUGCGCAGAGCUGGGAGCAGGCCGUGGACGAGGUGGCCGAGAAGGCCGGGACGGGGUUCGAGUGCGGCAUGGCCUUCAUCUCGUCUCUCCACGUCGACAGCGCCCAGGGCCCGGGCCUGGGCGCCGUGCUCGACGCGCUGCGCGAGAAGCUCGGAGCGCAGGUGCUCAUCGGCUGCGCGGUCACUGGGGCCCUCGGCCAGGCCGCUGGGCCCGACGCCGUGGAGUACGGCGGGGGCCUCGCGGGCGAGGACUGGCCGCCGAUCGAGGUGGAGAGAGGAUUCUGCCUGUCCGUCGGCCUUCUGCGCAAGGCUGGCGCGACGCCCUUCUUCUUGGGCACCGGCACCGGCGGGGAGGGCGACGUGGGCCUGCUCGGCAGGAUGAAGGCGGCGGGCGACGUGCGGUCGGUUCUUCUGCUGGCGGACCCUUUCGCCGAGGUGGACGAACUUCUCAGGACCCUUGGCGACUACUUCCCAGGCGCGACGAAGGCUGGUGGGCUUUCCACCGCCCUCCAGGUGCAGCGCGCACCCGGGGAGAUGGCUGGCUUCAUGCCGUCGAUCGCCAUUGCCACGGAGGGGAACUCAGCUCGCAUGUGUAACCAAGGCGCGGUCGGCCUCCUCCUGACAGAGGUGGCCGUGCACACCGUGGUCUGCCAGGGCUGCUGCGGCGUCGGCCCCAAAGUGAACGUCACCGGCGUGCAGGGGCCGGUGUGCGACGGCAUCGGCGGCCGCCCAGCCAGGGAGGCGCUGCAGCUCAUCUUCUCGAACGUGGACCCCCAGACUCGGGAGAAGAUGCAGAAGUUCCUGCUCCUUGGGCUCGGCAACCCGGGCGAGAGCGGGGCACUGGUCGACGACGGAGACUGGCGCAUCCGGCCGAUCAGCGGCGUGACCGAGAGUGGGGGCCUGGUGGUCGGCCCCGGGCUGCAGGAGGGCAUGCCCAUGCGUUUCCACGUGCGGGACGUGGAGUCUGCGAACAAGGACCGCCAGCUGAUGCUGAAGAGGUACCGGCUCGAGAAGGCCGUCGGCGGCAACAUCGGGGAUGCCAUGGGCGCAUUCCUCUUCACUUGCAACGGCCGCGGCGAGUCGCUGUAUGGGCAACGGCACGUGGACGCCCGCGCGGCCGCGGAGGUGCUGGGGGACGAGGUCGGCACAAGGGUAGCCGGGUUCUUCUGCAACGGGGAGAUCGGCGCCCCGGGCCUCGCGGUUGCGUCGGAGAAGGGCAGGCCCGAGGCGGAGGCGCCAGAGAAGGGCACUGCCAUGCGCCCCCCGGCACUCCACGGCUUCACCGCCGUCUACGCACUCCUGGUUCCCGCGGAGGCGGCCCCCCGGAACGUCCCAGCGCUCGGAGCAUGA